AGACUAACUAAAAAGAUGUUAAAUCAUUUCGACAUCUUUCUUAAGAUUGAUUUUCGUUCUGAUCCAAACUCAUUUAUUCUGUCAGGACGAAACGACAGGUGGUGUUCUGAUCCAAACUCAUUUAUUCUGUCAGGACAAAACAACAGGUGGUGUUCUGAUCCAAACUCAUUUAUUCUGUCAGGACAAAACAACAGGUGGUGUUCUGAUCCAAACUCAUUUAUUCCGUCAGGACAAAACAACAGGUGGUGUUCUGAUCCAAACUCAUUUAUUCUGUCAGGACAAAACGACAGCUGGUGUUCUGAUCCAAACUCAUUUAUUCUGUCAGGACAAAACAACAGGUGGUGUUCUGAUCCAAACUCAUUUAUUCUGUCAGGACAAAACGACAGGUGGUGUUCUGAUCCAAACUCAUUUAUUCUGUCAGGACAAAACGACAGCUGGUGUUCUGAUCCAAACUCAUUUAUUCUGUCAGGACAAAACGACAGCUGGUGUUCUGAUCCAAACUCAUUUAUUCUGUCAGGACAAAACGACAGCUGGUGUUCUGAUCCAAACUCAUUUAUUCUGUCAGGACAAAACGACAGGUGGUGUUCUGAUCCAAACUCAUUUAUUCUGUCAGGACAAAACGACAGCUGGUGUUCUGAUCCAAACUCAUUUAUUCUGUCAGGACAAAACGACAGCUGGUGUUCUGAUCCAAACUCAUUUAUUCUGUCAGGACAAAACGACAGCUGGUGUUCUGAUCCAAACUCAUUUAUUCUGUCAGGACAAAACGACAGCUGGUGUUCUGAUCUAAACUCAUUUAUUCUGUCAGGACAAAACAGCAGCUGGUGUUCUGAUCUAAACUCAUUUAUUCUGUCAGGACAAAACAGCAGAAAUAUUUACACAAGUCAAAAAGAAAACAAAGAUGAUGUAGUUUCCAGAAGAGAGAGAGAGAUGUGUGUGUGUGUUAGGUCUGUUUGAGUGGUGCAGCAGGUAGACUAGCUGAGGCCUGUUCCAGGAAGGCCAGGGGUCCAGGUGGUGAGAGAGAGAGGUGUGUGUGUGUUAGGUCUGUUUGAGUGGUGCAGCAGGUAGACUAGCUGAGGCCUGUUCCAGGAAGGCCAGGGGUCCAGGUGGUGAGAGAGAGAGGUGUGUGUGUGUGUUAGGUCUGUUUGAGUGGUGCAGCAGGUAGACUAGCUGAGGCCUGGGAGAGAGAGAGGUGUGUGUGUGUGUUAGGUCUGUUUGAGUGGUGCAGCAGGUAGAC